CCUCUGUAGAUAUCGUGCUCAUUGAUACCAGAAAGCACUUGUUGACUGUAAAUAUUAGAAGCAUUAAAAUUUAAAAUUUAUCUACAGCAUGCAUAUUGACCGUUUGUGUCAUGGAUUCGAAAUACGGACUGCCCUAAAAAUUAAUUUUCCUUGAAGAGUGAAGAGAAUUCCGAAUUCUGUUGAAAAAACAACUUCUAUUAACACCGUCAACGCUUUGUUGAUCAACUGCGAGAGUCACGAUGGCUGCAAGAGGCAUUCAUAGCCUGAGAUUUAAUCAAGAUCAAGGUUGUUUUACGUGCUGCAUGGACUCCGGACUGAGAAUCUAUAAUGUUGACCCAUUGGUGGAGAAGGCGCAUUUCGAUAAUGAUUUAAUGGGAAGCAUCUCCAUGGCCGAGAUGCUCUGGAGAACGAACGUAAUUGCCGUCGUAGGUGGUGGAAACCGUGCUAAAUUUGCUGAUAACACUGUUCUGAUUUACGACGAUGUGUCGAAGAAAUUUGUUAUGGAAGUCACGUUUACCAGUCUCAUUAAAGCAGUUAGAUUACGCAGGGACAAAAUGAUAGUUGCGCUGCAGCGAGAGAUUCAUGUCUUUUCGUUUCCUACACCCGUUCGAAGGUUGUUGACACUCGAGACCAGAGACAAUCCAAUGGGCUUGGUGGAAUUAGCAACAUUUGCAACAGCGCAGAGACAGUUGCUGGCCUUUCCCGGCCAUAAGCUCGGUAGUGUGCAAUUGGUGGAUCUUGGAGCUACCGAGGCUGGUAGUUCCAGCGCUCCUAUUACUCUUUCAGCACAUCAGGGCGCACUAGCGUGUCUGGCAGUCAAUGGAAAUGGGACUAUGAUCGCGACUGCAUCCGUUCAGGGGACUUUAAUCAGAGUUUGGGACUCUGUGCGCAGGAGUUUAUUGGUUGAGUUGAGGCGUGGUGCUGAUCCAGCCACACUCUACUGCAUAACAUUCAGUAGAGACUCAGAAUUCUUAUGCGCCUCGAGCGAUAAAGGAACAGUGCAUAUAUUUGCCCUAAAAAAUACCAACUUGAAUCGACGAUCCACCUUUUCAAACAUGGGUUUUCUAGGCAAUUACGUCGAAAGUCAAUGGGCUUUGGCUACCUUUACAGUACCUCCGGAAUGCGCUUGCGUUUGCGCGUUUGGCACACAUAAUUCUGUGAUAGGUAUUUAUUUUAUACGAGAAAGUAUCACCGAUACACUCUGCCUCUCUUCCCUCAUCUUUUUAUUUGAUUGCAAUUUCAGCUGUGUGUAUGGACGGAACAUUUCACAAGUAUGUCUUCACUGCGGAAGGCAAUUGCAAUCGACAAGCAUUCGACGUCUUCCUCGACGUGUGCGGCGACAACGACUUUUAACAUAAGGCCUACAUAUGCGUGUGUGUACAAGUACCAGGCUAUAUACUUGCAACGAAAUUUCUAGUCGAUUUACGAACGAAAUUUCUUGUAUGUGAUAAUUGUCCAGGUAAUCGAGUCGCCGAUUACGUGGAAAGUGCAUAAGUCAUGGGAAAGUCAAUAUUCCAUAGAGGCCCUCGAUUACAAUCUCGUUUCGUGACUUGUGUACUUCCCAUAAUUAUACAGUUUUAAUAAAUAUUAAGACAUUUAUUUUGUACAACGAAUUACCCAUUUAACUUUAUAUUUACGUCACCUAUCCUUUACAGAAAAAACUCUGCAUAACGUUGUAAGAUGCGAUUCACAUAUCCAAUAGCCUCGCAGGAACUUCCAAACAAAUCUUGCGGAGUCAUAUUAUGUAGAUCUAUU